AUGCAAAGCUCUGGUAAUGUUGGUGGUGGAAGGAAGUGUUUUUGGGGGUUUAGAAGCUUGAUUCAGAGGAAGCAAGUUGAUUCAGUUCAUGUGAGGAGCGAAGGGCAUCAUCAGUUGGCUAGGAAAUUAUCUGUCACUGACCUCAUUGCCAUUGGAGUUGGAGCUACUAUAGGUGCCGGAGUAUAUGUUCUUGUUGGCACAGUUGCUAGAGAGCAUGCAGGACCUGCACUUACUAUUUCAUUUUUAAUUGCUGGGAUAGCUGCUGCACUCUCAGCAUUUUGUUAUGCGGAGCUUGCAUGUCGUUGCCCAUCUGCUGGAAGUGCCUAUCAUUAUUCCUACAUAUGCGUUGGAGAAGGUGUUGCUUGGUUGGUAGGUUGGGCUCUGAUUCUAGAAUAUACUAUUGGUGGUGCAGCUGUUGCUCGUGGCAUAACCCCAAAUCUGGCCUUGUUUUUUGGAGGUGUGGAUAAGUUGCCUGCAAUCUUGGGCCCUCAUACCAUCCCUGUGUUUGGUAUUGUGGUUGAUCCGUGUGCAGCGGUAUUAGUUCUUAUCGUCACUUUUCUCUUGUGCACAGGGAUAAAGGAGAGUUCAUUGGUACAAAUGAUUGUUACAUCAGUAAACGUGUCUGUCAUGCUUUUCAUCAUAAUAGCCGGUGGAUAUUUGGGUUUCAAAACUGGAUGGGUUGGAUAUGAACUUCCCAGCGGGUACUUUCCCUUUGGAAUAAAUGGGAUGUUUGCUGGGUCUGCUGUGGUCUUCUUUUCAUAUAUUGGUUUUGAUUCAGUUACCAGCACAGUUGAGGAGGUGAAGAAUCCUCAACGAGAUUUGCCCCUCGGUAUUGGAAUAGCAUUGUUUAUAUGUUGCAUCUUGUAUAUGUUUGUAUCUUUUGUUAUUACAGGCUUAGUACCAUACUAUGCCUUAGAUCCAGACACUCCCAUCUCCUCAGUAUUUGCGAGCUAUGGGCUACAAUGGGCAGUGUAUAUUAUAACAACUGGAGCAAUUACUGCUCUCUUUGCAAGUUUGUUGGGUUCGCUUCUUGCCCAGCCACGGAUACUGAUGGCAAUGGCUAGAGAUGGAUUGUUGCCGUCAUUUUUUUCAGACAUUAAUAAAAACACCCAAGUUCCUGUGAAGAGCACGGUUACAACUGGUAUCUUUGCAGCAGUUCUGGCAUUCUUUAUGGAUGUUUCACAAUUGGCGGGAAUGGUUAGUGUUGGUACACUAUUUGCAUUUACAACUGCUGCAGUUUCAGUUUUGAUACUCAGAUAUGUUCCACCAGAUGAGGUGCCACUUUCAUCAUCACUUCAAGAGUCUAUUAAGUCAGCAUCAUUUCGGUUUGGUCCUGAUAUUCAGGAAAGUGACAGCAAAAACCUUCAAAAUCCUUCUGGCUCAUCUGCGAAUAAUAGUCGAUAUUUACAUGAAAUUGGGGAGGCAUCACUUGGCUAUCCUCUGAUUCAGAAAAGCAUAUCACAGGAGAAUCAAAAUGAACAAACAAGACGGAAAAUUUCUGCGUGGACCAUAACUUUUCUCUGUAUAGGGGUCUUUAUCUUUGCAUUUGCAGCUUCAGCUCAAGGCCUUUCCAGCAUUCUUCGCUUCACUGUGUGUGGAGUAUGUGGAGCUCUCCUGUUGUGCUGCUUAAUUGUGCUGACCUGUACAGAUCAAGAUGACGGAAGGCACAGCUUUGGACACACUGGAGGUUUCACUUGUCCAUUUGUUCCAUUCUUACCUGCUGCUUGCAUUCUCAUAAAUACCUACUUGCUAAUUGAUCUUGGAGCUGCCACAUGGAUCCGCAUCUCUGUAUGGUUUGCCAUAGGAGCAGUGGUAUACUUGUUUUACGGCCGGAGCCAUAGUUCACUUUUCAAUGCAGUUUAUGUACCCUCCGCUUAUGCUGAUGAGAUGUAUCGUUCCUCAUCAGACAAUCUGUCCUAG